UCACCCCACACAAUGAAACCCACCGGUCCAACCCUAUGAUUUCCGGUGGAUACGAAAGCUACUCUGUCGACAAUUCACCGGAAUCUCCGGUUCCUCCUGUAAUUCCACAGCCGCAGAGCUCAGGUUGUGGCUUAUUGGGAUAGACCCAGUUGUAAUAUUAUUGGCAAAGAAUGUCACUCCUCAGUAGAUUCUUUUACAGAAGACCUCCAGAUGGCUUGCUUGAAUUUGUUGGUAGAGUAUAUGUUUUUGAUUCUUGCUUUUCAACGGAAGUUUUGCCCGAGGGAAUAUACCAACUUUAUCUGCACGAAAUCAUAACCGAAUUACAUGAAGAAUUACCUGAGUCAUGCUUUCUUGCAUUCAAUUUCCGAGAGGGCGAGAAAAGGAGCCAGUUUGCAGAAAUUUUUUGUCAGUACGAUGUUGCAGUCAUGGAUUAUCCACGACAGUAUGAGGGGUGUCCCAUCCUACCAUUUUCUUUGAUCAAUCAUUUUCUGUGUGUCUGUGAGAGUUGGCUUGCCCGUGGGAAUCACCAGAACGUUAUUUUGCUUCACUGUGAGAGAGGGGGUUGGUCGCUUUUGGCUUUGCUUUUAGCUAGCUUGUUGAUAUUUAGAAAGUUGCAUAGUGGAGAAAAAAGGAUUCUUGAAAUGGUUUAUCGAGAGGCUCCUAAAGGUUUGUUACAACUAUUGUCACCACUAAACCCAUUUCCUUCUCAGCUUCGUUACCUCCAGUACAUAUCAAGAAGAAAUAUAUCUCCCGAAUGGCCUCCUCCUGAACGAACUCUUUCGCUUGAUUGUCUUAUUUUACGUGCUAUUCCAAGGUUUGACACUCAAAAUGGAUGCCGGCCAUUUGUCCGUAUUUUUGGUAGAAAUCUCCUUAGCAAGGGUGGGUUGUCAACCCAAAUGAUAUAUUCCAUGCCCAAGAAAAGUAGAAGUCUUCGCCAUUAUCGGCAGAAGGACAGUGAUGUGAUUAAGAUUGAUAUUCAAUGUUUGGUGCAAGGGGAUGUUGUCUUGGAGUGCGUCCAUUUAGAUUUGGAUCCUGAAAGGGAAGUUAUGAUGUUUCGUAUAAUGUUCAAUACUGCUUUUGUUCGAUCCAACAUCUUGAUGCUAAACUAUGAGAACUUGGACAUUCUUUGGGAUUCAAAGGCGCGAUAUCCAAAAGGCUUUCGAGCCGAGGUUCUUUUUGGUGAGGUUGAGAGUAUGUCUCCCCCAAAAGCUCCAACUGCAACUUUAAAUGGUGAGGAGAAAGGUGGAUUGCCGAUUGAAGCUUUCUCCCGGGUUCAAGAACUUUUCAAUGGAGUUGAAUGGGUUGAUAGUGGUGAUGAUACCGCUUUAUGGUUACUUAAGCAACUUUCUGUCUUGAAUGAUGCGAAAGAGUUGUCUAUAUUACAAAGUAGACCAAGUACAUGUUCAUCACCUUUUGAUUCCGAAGAAGAAAACAAUGCAUCUAGUAUCGCUGAUAGUCUGGACUUUCUGGACUCUGAAAAGGUUAAUAACCUAACAUAUACUACUGUACCAGGGAUGAAUUUCCUAGAUGAUCCCUUGUCCCAGGAUCCUGCUUCAGGUGAAGCAUUUGAUCUCAAGCCUUCUGAGGAUCCAUUGAAGCCAUUAAUAUCAGAGACUUUAGAGUCAGUUCUUUCUCCCUCUGAAACUGAUAGUCAAAGUGAUGUAAAUGUUGCUUUAUCAUCUUCAAAUAAAUUGCCAGUUGAACCUGUUUCCUCAUCUCUUCAUCUACAAUCCUCAGUUCCAAAUAAAGAAAUUCCACCCUGUUCACCCCCAUCUCCACCGUCUUCAGUACCUUCUUCUGCUGUUUCUUGUAAAAGUGUCCCUCAACCACCUUCACUUCCACCUCUACCUCACUCUAUUAGUUUUAGUAGAGGAACUCUGCCGCCUCCACCAACUCCUCCUCCACCUCCUAUUAGUAAUUCUAGUAGAGGAUCUCCACCCCAUAUACCUACUCCACCUCCACUUCCACCUAACUCUGUUACUUCUAGUAAAGGGCCUUCACCACCUCUUCCUCCGCCUCCACCACCUCCCCCUAUUAAUUCAAUUAGAUAUCCUCCACCACCACCACCACCACCACCACCACCACCUCCUCUUCCACCUCCACCUCUAUCUACCUCACAAAAAAGACUUCCACCUCCUCCACCACCUCCACCACCUCCCCCUUCCAUCUCUUCUAAGGGCCCUCCGCCACCGCCGCCACCACCACCCCCACCCCCUUAUGUCUCUUCUAAAGGCCCACCACCGCCACCGCCACCGCCACCGCCACCGCCACCUUCCAUCUCUUCUAAAGGCCCUCCACCACCGCCGCCACCUCCCCCUUCCAUCUCUUCUAAGGGCCCUCCACCACCACCGCCGCCACCUCCCCCUCCUCCUUCCCCUUCCAUCCCUUCUAAGGGCCCUCCACUGCCACCCCCUCGUUCCUCUACAUUCAGUCGGCCCUCUCCCCCAACACCUUCUCCUCCACCACUGCCACGACUACCAUCCACCGGCACUGCUACUACUAAUAGGCCACUAGGUCCGCCACCCCCUCCUCCACCUCCUGUAGGGCAUAAAACUAGUGCUACCACCACCAUCACUAGGACACCACCACCACCACCUCCACCUCCUCCAGGAGGCCCUCGACAAGGUUUGGUUCCUCCAGCUCCCCCACACGUAUCAAAGCCUCCUAGUGCCCCUCCUCCACCUCCAGGUUAUGGGGUAGCACCAGGUCCACCCCCACCACCUGGAGCAAAGGGUCCCAAUGCCCCACCCCCGCCAGCUCCUGCAACUGGAAGGGGAAGAACCUCUUUGGGAUUAACCAGUCAUGGAAAAGGUCGAUUUUCUGCGGGUUCUUCAAUUCCCCUCAAGAGAGCUUCAUUAAAGCCUUUACACUGGGUGAAAGUUACACGUGCAAUGCAGGGAAGUUUAUGGGCUGAUUCUCAAAAACAGGAAAAUCAGUCAAGGGCUCCUGAAAUUGAUAUAUCAGAGCUUGAAAGUCUGUUCUCAGCAGCUUCUGCUUCAGAUGCCAGUGACAAGGGUGGAGGCCGACGUGGUUCUAAAAUAAACAAACCAGAUAAAGUGCAAUUGGCAAGUGGAUUAUGCUUUUGA